AUGGCUGGUGAGAAGGAAACAACUAAAGUGGCAAUUGAUAAGUAUAGGCGGUUCCUGCAUGAAGAUCAUGUUGCAGGUGCAGGAACUAUGGGGUGGAGACAUGGUAGCCCUCCAAUUUAUGACAGUGUUAAUAAUGUCUUUGACCAAGGAAGAACCAAGGUAUGGCCAGAAGGGUGUCUUGAAGAAACAAUACAAAAUUCUAUAAAGACAUUUGAAAUGGAGCUUAAAUACAAGACUUGCAUAAAGGACUUUAGGACCAUUAACCCUGAAAAAUUCAAGCUCUUUGUUAAUGGAAGAGAGGGACUGUCAGCAGAAGAGACACUAAAAGUUGGAGGUUACAAUGCGCUAUUGAAGAAUUCAUUGCCGAAUGAAUUCAAAUACCACAAAGAAGACCAAGAGACCUUUGAAUCGUCUCAUACUGCUUUUCGAUCAGCUUUUUCAAGAGGAUUCGCCUGGGAAGUGAUCAACGUGUAUACUGGCCCUCCUGUUGUGACAUACAAAUUCAGGCAUUGGGGUUUCUUUGAAGGACCAUUUAAAGGACAUGCCCCUACUGCUGAGAUGAUACAGUUCUAUGGCAUUGGCAUUAUGAAGGUAGAUAAAUCUCUAAGAGUAGAGGAAUUAGAGUUGUACUAUGAUCCAGCAGAACUUUUUGGUGGACUACUCAAGGGACCAAAAAUUUCUGAAUCUAACACUGAGCAUCAGGGCCAGGAUGAUAAUACCACCACUCAACAUUGCCCAUUCAACCACAACUAAUUAUGUCAAAUUUCAGUUCUACUUUCGAAAUAGUCAUGUUUUA